AUGUCCUCGGCCAAUUGUUCGGGUAAGAAUUGGCGGGCCUCUGAUUCGGUGGUGUCAGGUACUGGCCGGUUUAAUCCGCCACCCGUGGCUGCUGGAAUUGGAGCAGCUUGGCGUGGUGUUGGGUUUGCCCGACGUCUUCCUUCUCGUUCCUCCUCCACUAACCCCCCUGAUUCUUCCGUGGUGGACUCCUCUACCACUUCUGCUAUAAACCCGCUCCUCCUCUUCCGCCGCCUCGUCUGUCCGGCGAUGCCUGUGUCGAUCGGCGACGAGUAUUACUCGUACUCGCUGCAGCCAUUUGUCGUGGCGUCAACUGCAUUUGCCCCCCCUGCCGUGUCGUCUCCAGUGCUUGUUGCUGCGGGGAUGUCGCCACUUCCUGCACCUCGGUCUGCGCCAUCGUCUGUGACUCAGGCAGGCCUUGUCUCCGCGCCUGCUGCGCCGCCCGUUCCUGCCGCGGAGUCAGUGUCUGCGCCUGGCGUGGUGCCUGAUCCUGCGCACUCUCCUGCGCCUGUGCCGGUGGUUCCGCCUGUCCCCGUGGCAGAGUUGGUGCGUACGCCUGUGCUUGUGGCGGCGUCUGCUGUUGCUGGGGGCACCUCCUUGCCGCCACUAGACGCGCCUGCCGUGGCGCCUUCCGCUGCUGCUGGUGUGGACCCGGCGUGCCAGCCACCUCCUGCCACCAGCGCCAGCCUGAGCUCGGCCGAGGUUCAGUCGGCCCACGCGUCGCCUCCGGAUGCUCCUGCCCCUCCGACAGUGGCAGCAACAGUGCCGCCUUCUGCCGUCCUGGCGGGUCCUGCUCCCGCUCCUCUUGCUCCUGGUCCACCCGCCCAGCGUCCUGCGUAG